GCUAACGUGUGUGAAAGCUUUUGUCGCUUUGAACUUGGGUCCCGCAAACCCUACAGUACCGAGGGACGGGAGAUUCUGUGCACGCAGCAAAAGCACAUACUGCGCUAUGAGUUAUAAAAGAAUCAAGAGGAGAAAGCAGUAAAGCGUGUGCUUGGACCGUUCCUUCGGCAAUUUAGGACUUGACCCAACGCUUGCAGCUAAGAUUGCCAAUGGAAAUGCCACAGCUAAUACAAGCCGUGCACGAGAAAGUCAGGACCUUCGUCCUCAACAGCGACCACUUCAGGCGCGUGUGCGACUCAGCAUUCGAUGCUCUGGACACCUCCUCCGCCGGCUACGUCACCCCCCAGCAGGCGGCCUCGGGCGUGCAGGCUUUCUUCAGGGAGCUCCAAACCGCCUGUACGGAAUACGGGAUUGUGUUGGAGCCCCUAACACCGGAUGAGGUGCUCCAGCUGUUCAGGGAGAGUGACGGCGACGCCAACUCCCGGCUGAGUCCCGCCGAGUUCCAGGAUUUCUACGCGCGGGUGCUCACCUACGCGGCCGCGAGGGCCUGCACGGGCUUCGGACGCAAGUACGGUGUGGCCAUGCUGGGCGGUAUCGUGGGGGUGGCGGCGGCCAAGGGGGUCGUACGGCGCCUGCCGCUAGUGGGCUGGCUGGCGGCGCCGAUACUGGGCCUGUUCCCCGCCGUACUGGUGGGCCCGCUGCUGGGUGUGGCAGUGGUGUACGGCAUAGAUCAACGAGAUCUCUUCGCCAUCCGACACAAGCUCUUCCCGCCCAAGCAGGGCCCUAUGCGCAAGUGAUUGAGAGGAAGCUGCAUCAGAUGUUAGAGGUGGAGUGUUUGUAGGGCGGCUUUAACACGGUGUGCUUGCCGCUGCUGCCUAGUAAAUAACGUUACCGAGAUCGGGGCUGUUUAAAUCUACGGUUUGGGGUUCGUGCAUAAUGUAGGGAAGGUCGCAUAACGCCCGGUUAUGGAGUGGGCAAUGGCCCUGGCAGGGCCGGGGUGGCGGUUGAGUCCAUUCGUGACAGCGAGGAAGGUAACGCGGCUUGCAGCAAGGCAGCAUCCAAUGGCAAAGAGGGAGAAGGAGUGUGGACAGUGCUGAGAAUACUCUAGGAUAAGGCGACUUUGUGAGGUUUGAGACAUGGCUGUCCUCGAGCCCAUGACUAUGUUUGAGGUGCUGCUUCCGAAGGCCCAGACACCCACCCUUGUCAACCCCAACAAUUAAUCCCUCCCCGAUGGCCA